AAACACGAUCAAAUGAUCAUGUCUGUUCAGUCGCAUAGCAUUAUGCUUAUUUUGUGUUUCCGUUCCAUUUUCAAUAGGUAUACGAUUCUCUCGGAUUUUACCCAUACUGUUAUACGCGAAGCAGACGACAUUUUACAAAUGUCGGAUCUGAGUGUGACUGACAAACGGAAUAAUGUCCUUCUACAAGCAUGAAGAUACUGAGGAAAUAUUUUUGCGUGAAUAAUGUAAAAAUCAAUACUACUGAAUUAACUACAUUUGUACAAUCGGAGAUGGGACACACACAUAUGAUGAGAUGUAAAACUGGAUUUUCAAAAGAUAAAAAUGUGAUAUUAUGAAAUUAUCAUUUCAUAUUUACAAAUCCGAUCACUUUCUACAUUAAAACAGGUGCGUGUCUACUAAAGGAAUAUUUGAUGACAUAGAUGACUUGGGAAUAUGGUAUAUUUAUACAUGUAUGAUUAUUAUAUGGCGAAUUAGCAAAUACAUCCAAUUAAGAAGUCACAAUUAAUUAAUCGUUAAUUAUCCGAGGUAGAUAGCUAUCAUUCAGAUGCUCUGAUAAGCGUGGAAAAAAACGGAUACUUAUCUACGCACAGGAUCAGAGAAAAAAAACACGAUUUUACAUUUGAACACUGUGAUCUUGUAGCAUGAUACUGCAAUACUGAUGACAAGAUCAACGAUUGUUUAUUUGCACAGAAAACUCAUGGUGUGUGGAUUAUAAUUGAUUUUUAUCAGAAAUAUGGUAUUGACAGUUGUUUCCAAACUCAUUAUACACCGGAGAUCAAACAAAAUAAAUCAUUAUUCGAGAAACACGAAUAAAUUCCCAAUCAAACUGAUUUAAUUUUCAAAUUAGCGUUUCUCGGAAACAAUGGAAAUGAGAUUUUUGAUGUAUAACUAAGGAAACAUAUGGAAGUAUAAUGCAAUUGAUAUUCUACGUCACAGGAGUGAUUUAAUCAAUGUCUUUAAAGCGUUUACAUCAUCUUAAAUAGGACGUCACAUUGGUUCUUAAAUGAAUCAAACGAACAAUCAAUCAAUAGUUUAAUUUACUGGUGCUCUAUUUAGACCGGAAGUCACAUUGCAGCAAGAAUUUUGAUUAGAAAUGUCAGAUAUUUUACGAUCGGAUUAAAACUAUAUCAUGUAUGAUAGAAUAAAUGCAAUAUGCAUUUAAUUAUGCAGUAAUCAGUUUCGAUUACAAACAAGAAACUAGUUUUUGCUCAUAGGAAUAUUAGGUAUUACAUAUCUUCUUCAUAUGGAAUCAGAUGGAAUUAAGUGACAAGAGUUCAGACAGCCCGGAAUAGUAUAGUUGUAGAACUGGUUCCGGCGAUGGAUACGGAUUUCAGGAUAUGAAGAAGCAGAACGUUCGAACUUUAUCCCUAAUUGUGUGCACUUUUACCUACUUACUCAUAGGAGCAGCUGUGUUUGAUGCGCUGGAAUCAGAAUACGAAAGCGAAUACACAAGAAUAUACGAAGAAGAAGAGAAUUUUUUCAAGGAUCAUUAUAAUAUAAGUACAAAAGAAUAUGAAGAAUUGCGGAUAAUUUUAUGGAAAGCAAUGCCGUACACUAAUAAUUCAAGACAGUGGAAAUUUCCUGGUGCUUUCUAUUUUUCACUGACUGUAGUUACAACGAUAGGUUACGGACAUAGUACCCCUCAGACAGAUGGUGGGAAGAUAUUUUGUAUGGCGUACGCUCUAGUCGGAAUACCUCUGUGUUUAGUGAUGUUUCAAAGUGUUGGUGAAAGGCUCAAUACAAUUGUGACGUAUCUUCUGAGACAAGUCAAAAAGUGUUUUAAACUAAAGAACACUGAAGUUUCUCAAACAAACCUCAUACUAGUGGCUGGGAGUUUGUCAAUCGUUGUUUUAACGGCAGGUGCAGCAGCAUUUUCAAAAUACGAAAAGUGGCCAUAUUUAGACGCCUUGUAUUAUUGUUUUAUAACGUUGACUACAAUAGGAUUCGGCGACUUAGUCGCUUUACAGAAAGGUGAUCUACAAACAAAUCCAUCUUACGUAGCUUUUACCUUAAUAUUCAUAUUAGCUGGAUUAACAGUUAUUUCCGCUGCUAUGAAUUUGUUAGUUCUACGAUUUUUGACGAUGAAUACCGAAGAUGAACGACGAGAUGAACUCGAGGCUGCUGCAGCUGCUCAGACCGCCGUUCGAUUAGACGGUGACGUCAUUACCGCAAACGGUAAUGUCGUGUCAGGUGCUCAAGAGAGUCCGGAGUUUAACGACGUUAUAUCAGUAUGUUCUUGCUCAUGUUAUAAUUUAUGUCCAAUAAACAGCAAUAAACAGCGUUAUAAAGUCACGCGAGAACCUGGGAAAAUCUCACAUUUACUUCCAAUGAAUAGUAUAAAGUCCAAGGAAGAUAUUAAUAGUUGUGGAGGAGAUUCUAACUCUAUAAGUAAUUAUUAUUCAUUAUCUAGAAAACGUGCAUCAGUAUGAUUUAUGUAAUUUAAUAUUAUUUAUUAUAAUUGUUAUUUAUUUUUUAAGAAAUUCCAAAUAGUUUUCAUACUAUUUCUUUGCCAUUUGUUUUCCUAUGUAAAUUUAUAUAUCUUACAUAUGAAAUUGAACCAUUACACUAAGCAUAUUGCUUUUCAUUCCCCUGGUUGUGCCUCAAAGUAAAAAAAAAAUCAAUUUUUGUAUUGCAUUUAAAAUCAUCCAAAGUAAAAAUCAAAUGUUGGAAAUUGUAUGAGAACAUUCAUAUGUAUAAAUCACGUGAUCAGAAUAAUAAUGGACGCCAACAAAUUUAUGACAAGCAAUCUUGUCUUUGCUUACGACGUGGUGUACGAUUAAACGGUACUUGCUAUACAUUUGAAAUACAAUUAGAAACAAAAAAUUUAACCUAUUGACGCAUGUCAGAAUGACGUCAAGUAAAACUUCAAACGUGAAUUGACGCUUUGAAUAAAACCCAUUUGACGAAGAUCAGAAGGAUUGCAUGGUUCUAGAUAUUCCUUUUAAGGCUUUACAAUUUUUUUUUCAAUUCUAUAAGGAAAAUUAAUGUUAAACGUUCGAUGACGCAUAGAACAACUUCUGCUUGAUACAGCAACCGCAAAACAAAUCAAAGUAUAAUGUUUACAUAAAAGUAUAAUAUUCAAACGUCAACAACGACCAUUUUAUUCUGAGUGGGCGUUUUUUUUUUCGAUUAUGCAAAUGUCAAUCUAUUUAUGUAUUAAAAACGUAACUUUAUAUUAAAUAUAAAAAAAAACAAUCUUAACUUGUUUUAAUUCUCUCUGAUAAUUUUUGUUUUUCAAAGUAAUAAUUAAUUUAUUAAAAAAAGAGCUAAUAUGCCUUUUCAGAAUCUAAAGGACUAAGAGUAAUUUUAUUGUUCGUUCACCAAAAUGAAAAUAACGUUACGUCAUUGGUUGAAUUUCUAUUGUUUAUCACGUUUUAAACCAAUCACAACGUGUUGGUGUACGCUUUUGGAAAUAUUACCCAGAAUGCUUAAGAUUUUAAAACGACGAAUUGGUCGUUUCGUAAGUUACAAAAUUUACCAACUAAGUCUACAUGUAACACAAAAAAUUUAUGUAUGUCCGGUUUGGUAUACAACUCCAGGUUAUAGCAAGUUACUUUGAGAUGAGCUGAAAAUAUCAGUUGGUUUUCAUUGGUUAAUUUUGAUAAUGUGCUGAAAACUCUGUCAAAUCUUCAUAAUCCCUGUAUGGUCAUACCACAUGUCUCCUUUAUAAUAGUAUUUUUGUACAAGUCUCAAUUAUAAUGUUAUAUUCUAACAAGUUUAAAAUUAUAAUGUUACAUUUUUGCAUGCUAGAAAUUAAAAUGUUAUAUUUUUACAUUUUAGAAAUUAUAAUGUUAUAUUCUUCCAUUUCUAAUUUAUAUGGUAACAUUGCAUUGUAACAUCAUGGUUAUAUUUGUCUUCCAGCAUUGCUUUUCGUUUAAAUU